AUGGAUUACGAAGAAAUUUUGUUCGGGUUGCAACCGAUUCUAAAUGCUUCUACAAUUAAAGAUGUUCCAAUGAACGAUGUUUACCUCGGAAGUUACUUAAUUGUAAUUGACCAAUUGGCCGUUUCAUUGAGAGAACCGAACAAUAGAAAUGUUGUUGGAAAAACUGGUUUGCUAGCAAAUCUGGUGCGGAUUCUAGAACAAGCUCUGGAUCACUGCCUUCACGAUGAGAAUACCUCAGAUAACGAUAAGCUAGCAUUCUUCAAAAUCGUUUCUGAGCUGAUCAGAUGUGUUGCCAAUGCGAUGAUUGACAAUGAUGAUAAUAGAGACGUUGUUCUAUCCGUGGGAAAGAACAUACUGUUUUCUUAUUAUAUAGGUGGAAUACUGAAAUUGAAUCAAAUAUCCCUUGACGACACGGACGAUAGACUAUUAAAUGACCUGCAAAUGAGAUCAGUUGCACUAUUAAGAAAUUUUUGUGCUGGAGGUGAAAGCUAUAUGGAAAAAAUAGCUACCUUCAUCAGAGGUCCAAUAUUUAGUAUGUUAAAGACGACACAGUAUACCUAUCUGGCGUCGUCUGAUCAAGUUACAUUGGGAACGGAGCUACUGAGUGAGCUCUUAAAGUUCCACUACAAAAAUGUUCAAAUUAGCGAUUUGUUCUUUUUGAGUCAGUACAUUAAAAAAAUCUCCUCUAAAGUGCAAAACAUUGAACUACCACCAAUAGAAGAUGAAGCGCUCGUAGCCAGUACCGAAGUUCAACAGAACCUCGCUAAUGAGGAAAGUGAUGAUGAAACCAAUAUCAACCUUGCAUUGGUAUUGGACCUAUCAACAUGUUUGGAAACUAUUGUAGCAAAGGAUGAAGAUAUAAACUUCUCUGGUGAAGAAGAGGUUGUUUUGAACAUACAAAAAAACAUACUCGCAUCAUUAGACUGUUUGGCACCGAAAACUUUCAAUAAUAAACUGAUUGUAAUGAGAAGACUUGUAUCGUGUGCUGGAAACAUAUCUGCUAAUUUGACUACUUCAAACAAAAAGGAGCAGCCUUUGUGCAUCGAAACCAUCAAGAACUCCACAAAUAGUUACACUUUGGCUGCAUCUUUGAUUAUUCUAUCUAACUCAAUUGCAUGCAAAGCCGACGCUGAUGCUCUGAUGAAACUCGUAUCCUUUGGUGAGUUAAUUCAAGCUGGCAGUAUAUUCAAGGACCCAGUGCAAUAUCAAGGGUUUUUAGAUCUAACAAGAAAGCUGUUAAACUUAGAAAAUGCUAUGUGGUUAGAUGCUAAAGAUUUAGUUGCUUUAUUUCAAACAAUGAAAAACUGCCACGAACAAACUAAAUUUUUUAGCAACUUGUUACCGUUAUUAACACAUUUACUAAACAAAGUUCUAACCGUGCUGCCAAGCUCAAAACUACAAAGUUUGGUAAGCAGUGAUCGGACAAUUAUUACUUUUAUCACAGAACAUGGAACAUUGACAUGCUGCAUUGCAAUGGAUAAACUCUUGGUGUCCAAGACAACCUGUUCUACCGAAGUGUUGAAGCCGUUAUGGGACACGAUCUUCAAAUUUCAAAAUCCAGGCCAAUCGGAACAGCUAUCAAUUUCAGAUUUAUUUCACAUUACCAAAACUGUUGGAAUUUAUUUGAGAAAUGUAAGCGCGGCAAAUGAUGCCAGCCCCAUCGAAAAUAUACUGUUUAUGAAUUACAUUCAAAAGUUGAUUUUGAUGCUAGAAACUAUACUUUCGUUCAAAAAUAACGAAGACAAAGGUAGCGAAAGCUGUUUCAAUAACGGAAAGUUCAUUGCGGGUAUGAUAUUAAACCUAGUCAAAGGUACCGAAUAUUUGACACCAGAAGAGACCAAACUAGAGACGCUAGCAAAACUGUUUUUUUAA